CAGACCGACACAGGUAUACCGAUAUUCUCAGUUCGUGGCACUUCGUAGGCCCCAGGGGCUUUGUGGGGCCCCGAUGCGGGCCCCGUUCGCCAAGAGUUCUUGGCUCGUAGCAGCUCAGUCUGGGCCCGACCGCCUUAGCCUUAGCUGCUGCCUCUUUGUGAAUGUGCGCGCGUAGAUUCCAUCCAUCUAGUUUACCUGUCGUUACCUGGAACUCCGCGUAGGCAUACGCUCGCGAGUUCUUCCUUUGUCCGACUCCUCGAUACCGGAACUCGUCGCUGUACAUGUAAUUAGAUUCGUGGAUUUCGUAAAAGGUGCUCGUCUUCGUCGGCGGGGUUUUCGACAAGUCCGCCAGUGUGUGAUCGUUACAAUAGUACGGCGUGGAGGAAACACAAACCGGUGAGUGCCGUGCCGCACCUCGGAAUUCUUGCACCACUACACUCGAGUGAAUUCUUAUACCUAUACGCGCGUGCACCGUCGACACGAAGAGACGCGACCGCAUACCGCCGAGAGAGAGGAGGACAGAAGCUGUGGCAGCCAUGAUGUCUUGACGAUACCUCAGCCCAGGCUGAGCUUCCAGCUACAGCUGCUGUUAAUAAAGUCUAACAGUUUGUCGAACGUUGUGCUCGAUAAUCAGUCUCGUUGGUGAAACAAUUUCCGGUUCAAUUGAAACAGGGUUCGAGCUCAAGUGUGUACCGGACUUCGAGCGGUCACCUCUGCGUUUCCCCUUUCGCGGAUCACGGGAGUUUCGACCGUAACGGGGGUGUAAAAAAUGAGAGGCGCAAAUCAAGACAACGCAACGCCUUACUGCCGAUGCAGGGUCCUUUACCUGGGCAGCUCGGUGCCUCACGCCAGCAAAGAGGGACUUUUGGGCGUCCAAGAACCUCUGAGGGAACUUUAUCCCGAACAGGGCGCACUCGGCGCCAGGGGGAUCGACUCAUGGCUGAGCGUUUGGAGCAACGGUCUUCUCCUGGAGAACGUCGACGAACAUCGGAAAAAGAUCACCAGAUUCUUCCCCAUCGAGGCAUUGCACUAUUGCGCCGCGGUGAGGCACGUGAAAGGCGGUGGUGGUGGUAGCGGCGGCGAGCCCUCCACCACGCGAUUUUUACCACUUGACUCUCCGUUCGCCAGAACACCGAGUGCCAAUCAUCCGCCCCUAUUCGCGGCGGUACUACGGAGGACCUCGGGUAUCAAGGUCCUCGAGUGUCACGCCUUCAUAUGCAAGCGUGACAUGGCGGCCAACGCCCUGGUCAGGUGCUGCUUCCACGCGUACGCGGACAGUAGCUACGCCAAGGGCCUCGAUCCGGCGACGAACGGGGUCGCGCCACCCCAACCCUCGUCCGGGAGCAUCUACCACACUCUCGGUGGGUCCAGUACCACUCUGGACAGUCCCUCGCCGCCUCGUCUCGACGCCUCUACCGACGACCUCAGUCUCUACAACGGCAACGAGAACCACAAGGUUUGGGCGAGGGGGCGCGACGAGGUGGACGGCAUCUACCAGGAACAGGGGACCCUCAGGAGCACCAAGGGCUCGCGACCCCGGCAGCUCGUUGCCCCACCCCCUCCGCCGCCGCCUCCACCGCCGCCGGCUCAACCGCUCCUGCUGCACGACGACGCGGCGUCCAGAAGAAAGGCGAACAAAAAGCUGAAAAAACGCAAUCGAGCCCACGAGGAGGCGAUGCAGCAUCAUCAGAUGCACCCUCAGGCUAUUUAUACCAAUGGACACGGGCACCACACCCUCGGGCAUCCCGUCAGACAGCACUAUCAUCAUCCGCAUCAAAUGCCGCAAGGGAGUAGGUCGGUCGCCGGUACCCUCGGGAGACCGGCGCCGGUUCUUUUGGUACCGGCGGCUACCUUGCCCCGAAAGGCCCAUCACGGACACCCUCGGGGCAUCAGGCCCAUUCCCGCCGCGACACCGAUAGUCCCGAUUUACGCGCCGCUCCCGGUACCACCCCAGGCGGCGAUGUAUCCCGGUGGUUCCUACGGUACAAUGGGGAAUCGGAGCAGGCGUCACCCCGUGGAGACGGAAGCAUCGAAUCUGGGAACAUCGAGGCGACUGGCGGCUUCGCACGCCGAUCUGACCGCGCCCGAUCUCCCUCAAGACAACGCGGAAACCGAGUCACGUUUCGGCACCGGAAUUUAUCGGCGAAAGGGACACCUCAACGAGAGAGCCUUCUCUUACAGCAUCCGGGCGGAGCACCGCAGCAGGAGUCACGGCAGUCUCGCCUCGUUGGGAUUCAGUGCGCAAAAUGGCACGACGCUUCCGAAGGAGGACAAAAAAGACCGGGAAAUAGCACAACUGGUCGCCGGUCUGAAUUUGGACGAGAACGGGGAGAGGGGGGCCCAUCAUCAGGCGACACCGGGAGCUUAUUUACGGGGUGGUGCCGGCUCCCAGUCCCAGCCCCAACCCCAACCCAGGCCGAGGCCCCGUUAGCCACCCGUACCGAGCGUAGGGUAUGCCAUAAAUACCUUCGGAAGGUAGAGUGUAGAGUGUAAAGAAUGUAGAGUCAAGUGUAUCAUCGAGUGAUGUAUAUAUUCCGAAUAUAAGUUUUAUCAUUGCGUUACGUUAA